AUGUCUCCGUCUCUCACUGCCAACUUCGAAUCUGCCCGGCCCAAGAGCAGCCGCGCCGGCUCUGACGCGAGCUCCAUCUCGGCCGACUCCUUUACCACCAGAAGGGCAGUCUCCCACGACUCCCCUCGCCCGGCCAAGAGGAAGUCGUCCCAUUCUCAGCCGGUCAACGUCUACAGCCAUUGCGGUCGUCACAGCUCUCAAUUCCUCUUUGGCGGACUCUCAAUCAAAGACAUGGCGCGCUCCAUCUUCAAGCGCGAUUAA